AUGUCCACAUCAAUGUGGACGUGUGGACGGAAGGGUAUGCUGAAAACUGGGUUCAAAUCCAAGCCAACUAUCCCAACAAGGCACCGAAGCCCCAAAGGAAGCCACCCAGUCCUGGUCCUGGCAGACCCAGCCCACCGUGGGCGCCCUGCCGACAGCAGCUACAAGGAGAAACGGCUCUACAACUUCUUGGGGCGACUCCUCGAACACCAACGGCAAGGACCCACAGUCAAGCCUGCGUUCAGCGAAGUGGAAGGUGCGCAGGGGCUUCUGGAACUUGAAAGCGCCUAUCUUCGCGGGAAGAUUGGGACCAUGAAUUCCUACGAUGUGGUGACCAUCCUGAAUUUCAUCAACAUCGUUGCGGCCGACUUCCAUGAUGAGAACCGGAUGGCUUCGAACUCCACACUCAGCCAGCUGUCGCAGCGCUCCAGCAUUUUACCGGGUCGUGUGCAGCUUGCAGCCUUGAACGCAAGCCUCGAUAAGACCGAUGCGACGCCCAGUGAGACGGCUCUGUCUUUGGGCCGUGUGGGAAAUGAAGGCGGUGAGCUGCCGGAACCGGCAAAUGGCGUGAUCGCGUCGAUUGACCCGCAAGAAGAGUUGCCGGACCUCAUUGAACGCAACCCACGCAACCCAGGUGAAGCUCUCAAGCCCAACAUUGUGAGCACAGUUCUCUGA